CGGAGCUGUCCGCUCAGCACCGGGCGGCGGGGCCGCCCCGCCGGCAUGCGCGGGGGCCGGGGCCGGGAGCGCCGGGCGCCGCCGCGGGGCCGCCGCCGCUGCGGGGCCGGGAGCGCAGCCGGGGCGGGUGCCAGGGUGCAGUUUUGCCAGCGAGCCAUGGGGCAGGAGCGGAGAUUUUGAUGCCUCUCCCGGGAGUCCCCAGAGCCAUGACUGCAACUGUGCAGACGCUGCGGUUCAAGCUGCUGCCGCACGAGCCGGGCCAGGAGUGGGGGCACAACUGCCAGCAGGAAAUUGAGCGUCGCUACCAGGUGGUGCCCUCGGUGGUGUGCGCCAUGUGCUGCCUCUUCGGCAUCAUCUACUGCUUCUUCGGCUACCGCUGCUUCAAGGCCGUCAUGUUCCUGACGGGGCUGAUGUUUGGCUCCAUCAUCAUCUUCAUGCUGUGCUACAAGGAGCGGGUGCUGGACACGCAGCUGAGCGUGGAGGCCUCGGUGGGCAUCGGGCUGGGCAUUGGGGUCCUGUGCGGGCUGGUCACCAUGCUGGUGCGCAGCGUCGGCCUCUUCAUGGUGGGGCUGCUCCUGGGGCUACUGCUGGCGGUGGCCACGCUGGUGGUGAUGGAGCAGUUCUACCACCCACCAACGGUGUGGAUCCCCAUCGCGCUGCUCCUGGGUGUGGGGAUGCUCUUCGCCGUCCUCACCCUGCAGUGGCAGCGCUUCUUCACCACCCUCUCCACCGCCGUCUUCGGCAGCGCCAUCAUGACCGUCACCGUCGACUACUUCAUCGAGCUCUUCCUCCUGGUGCAGUACAUCUACGAGCGCAUCAAGGUGGCCCCCGCUCGCCCCGUGUGCUGGUACAGCUGGGUCAUCCUGGGCGUCUGGCCGCUCCUCACCAUGCUGGGUGUCCUGGUCCAGUGGAAAGUCACAGCUGAGGGCUACUCCCACACAGAAGUGAUCAUCAGCCGGCAGCAGCGCCGCGUGCAGCUGAUGCGCAUCAAGCAGCGGGAAGACCGAAAGGAGAAGAAGAAGAAGCGGAGGCCCCACCACCCACCACCCCACCAGCACAAAGCCCACCCGCCCGAGCCCGCCUACCGCCGCAAGCCCAACCCCGUGCGCCGCUUCGAUGGGGACGUGCUCUCCCCCAGCUACAUCCAGAGUUUCCGAGAGCGGCAGACGGGACCCUCCCUGAACAGCCUCAUCGCCAGCUCCCACGCUGUGGUGGACCUGGACUAUGACUGCAGCUCCACCGUGCCCCUCACCACGGGCUCCGGCCCCGCCGUGCGGGUAUAAGCCAACCCAGUGACCUCGAGUGACACCAGCACCCCAGCCUGCUCCGACAGACCCCCUGGGACAGGCGGGGCUGUGCCCUCAGCCCCGGGCAGCCAUGCAUCCUCAGGGAUGCGGAUGGAGACCCUUCCUGGGGACGUGUGGGACUUGGCUGGGCAAGGCCCGGCUGCCCGCCGGGUCCAGAGGUGCUGGGGGGAGCCCUCCGGGAAGGCCUCAGACCAAGGACUGGGGACACCAGCACCUGUGGACAUGUGGUGCGAACGGCUCUGCUGGGUUGGGGGGUCCCUGAGCCCCCACUGCUGCGUGUUUCCCCACGUCCCGGGCAUUCUCAUCCUGCAUCCCAACAUUGCCCUCCCCAUAUUUGAGUCCCCCUUCCCCGAAAGCAGCUCCCUGCGCCUGCCCCCACCCCAUCGCACCCCCCAGCAACUCCCCAAGUGCCUGUGCCCCACGUCCCUUCCUCAAUGAGCAGGUCCCACAGCCCUUGCCCCCCCCCAGGGACUCCCCUGAGCAUGUGCGCCCCGUCCCACCCUGGCCCCGAGAGCAGCUCCCAGGUAGCGCUUCCCAAAACUUGCCUCCUCAGAAGAUCCCCCUGCCCUAGCCACCCUCCCUGCCCCCCAGAGCGGCUCGCCUCCCCCCUGUUUUCCGAGCUGGACCGGGGUGGUCGUGGGGCAGAGGCUGCCAGCGCCAGGUGGUUCCUGGGGUGAUGCUGGCAAGUGGUGCCUGUCCCACGGGAGCUGCGUUGGCGGGAUGCACCAUCCACCCCACAAUGUUUUAAUGGGAGACAGGACACUGGACCAGCCUUUGGGCAGAGGCUGGACUGCCUCAGGGACGCGGGGACCCCUGCAGCGUCAGAGGCCGUCGCCGUUUUGUUGGCGACUGGAUUUUAUAGUGGCCAGGGGGGAUCCUGGGGUCGAGCUGAGCCUCUGGCCGGGGCAGGGCAGGGCAGGAGCCCCCGCCCAGAGCACGGCUGUGGACAGAGGCUCCCGCCUUGUAUAUAUUUCUCUUGCUGUGAUUUGUAUUAAUUUAUUACGGAGUGAGCCAGGAAUUCCCCACGGCCAGGCAGGCAGGAUGGUGCCGAGACUGGACUGGGGUGCCCCCCUGCUUUGGGAGCCCCCUCCAGCCCAGCCCAGCCGGCCCCGCUGCCCCGGGAACUGCAUGUUUCUGCCAGGCGCCCUGUCCCCGCAGCGCCGCGCCGCCAUCCCCCUUUUCAGUCUCUUUUGUAAAUGUG